GAUUUGUCAAAGAUUCGAUAGGAAUACCGCAUUCGGCACAAAUUAUUCGCUCGCUAUCAACGCAACAUUUUAGAUAAAAAGCUAUUUUAAAAUUGAAUUUGAAUAUGUGGUCAACGCUGCGUAAUCCAAUUCGCCAGAUUUGCGGGCCACUUAAACGCUACGGACAUGGCUAUCCUGGUGGUGUCCCUGGAGAGAACUUGCCCUUUAGCUUGGAUACUCCAAUGCGCUUCACCUUGUGGUAUAUGAUUGCCGGAGUUCUUGGCUUUGGAGCCCCAUUUUUGGUUUUUCGCCACCAAAUGCUGCGCUCUGUUACUGAGGCGCCCAAAUAAUAGUGCCCCCCUCUGAACAUGCGUUUUAAGCAGUUCGUUACUCCUUAAUUGCUUAAAACGCACGAAUA